AGUCACGUUUUGACUACUAUUGGGGUGGUAUCUCGUGAGCGAAUUUUUGAGAGUGAACUCUCGCGUUCAGUCGCAGUUCGUGUUGUCUAACUAUUUGCGCCGCGAAAUUUAAUUAUGUUAAAAAAUCGAAUAUAAACAUUACUCAUUUAAAGCUCAUUUAAUAUUCUUCGCAAAAAACUUUAAAAGUUUAUCAAAAAAAAUGUAUUUUCGAUACUUUGCGGUGGUUUGUUUUGUGUUUGUAAACAUCGUGAAUAGAGCUGCGUACGCGGAUAAGGAGGAUGCAAGCGAGGAGAUUAUGGACGAUGAUUUCAGUUCGGAAAUUGAGCAAAAUUCAACCGUCGAUAUGAGGCCAUUAGAUUCACACGAAGCAAUGAACAAUCGCGUUUACAAACCGCGAUUAACGCCAGCUGGUUUAACCAAUAACAGAGAAAAGCGAAGUUUUGAAUUUCUUCUUGGAUUAGUUAAUAAUAAUUCUAGAUUACAAGUUACGGAUACGGAAGAAGAUGUUGAUGCUUUAACGCCUGUUAUAAGAAGAAGUAAGAUUACAUCGAACGAUAUUGGUGCGAGUGAACUUCUUUUGGAACUUUUGGUAAAAAUAGCAGCACAUCCCGAUCAGUGGGAACAAGUACAUAAUUUAUUACAGAAAAUCGAUCGAGAUUUAAAAACAUCGAAGAAAAUUUUCAACCAAAUGCAAACGUUAAAAGUAAAGCAGGAAAAAUCAAAGAAUAAUGAUGAAAUUAAGAAGAAAAAGCAAGGCUUCACCACCAAACAAUAUUAUUCAGAAAGUACAUUAAAACUCACAACUCCAAUUCCGGAAACGACAACCACCAACAACCUAUACCAAUUUGAAACCAAGUCAAUAAGUACUUCCACACCUCCUAAUCCUACAAGAAUAAAAUCCGACGAUGAUCAAUGGCUAUAUUCAAGAUCCGAUAAUUUCCAAGAUACGAGUACAACAAAAUAUCCAUGGGAAAUACCAUCAAAAUCGAUUAAAAAUGAAAAGUAUCCAAGAAAUUUUGCUUAUCAUCGAGUAACUGGAAAUCCUUCGUAUCACACUAACAUGGAUAAUAACCCGAAAGCUUAUAUAGCUGUAUCGGUGAUAGCCCCAAAACAAAUGGAAGAUCGACGACCGAAUGAUGCAUUACUCUUAGAAAAUGAAUUGCGACAAUUAAAACCGUGGACGCAUAAUCAAAAUUUGAAAAACAUGGCUUCUUUAAGAUCACGUUGGGUUAUUCAAUCGGAAGAUAAAAACAAAUCGACGUAUACAACUUAAAAUGUGUGUAUAGAAAGCAAAAAAAAAUGAAGGGAUAUUUUUUAAGAACCAAAGCGAUAAUAAUUAAAAAAUAAACAAAAAAUUUAA